AUGGACAGACAGGUGGACACUCUCAGGUAUGGACAGACAGGUGGACACUCAGGUACGGACAGACAGGUGGACACUCUCAGGUAUGGACAGACAGGUGGACACUCUCAGGUAUGGACAGACAGGUGGACACUCAGGUAUGGACAGACAGGUGGACACUCAGGUACGGACAGACAGGAGGACACUCUAAGGUAUGGACAGACAGGUGGACACUCUCAGGUAUGGACAGACAGGAGGACACUCUCAGGUAUGGACAGACAGGUGGACAUAUAUGAUGUCAUGUCCAUGUUUGAUGCUCUCUCCUCCUUUCAGGCUGCAGCCUGCUGGAGUCCGAUGGUUGACACCAGGUCUGAGGAAGUAUGCCUGUGAACUGGAACUGGAUCCAAACACAAUGAACAGAAACCUCAAACUGUCUGAUAACAACAGGAAGGUGACACGUGUGAAGGAGGAUCAGUCAUAUCCUGAUCAUCC